GGAUACUGUUGUAUUCGCUUUAAGAUUUGCAAUUUCAUCGUUAACAUUGGUUGGUUCUUAUUUGAAUUUAUUGAAUUGUUUUUGUUUAUGGGGUAUAUAUAAUCAAUUUUUCAUCGCGAUAUUUAAAAAUUUUGACUUGAGCAAGGUAUUAAGUAUGUUACGUUUUGUAGUCUUAUUUGAAGUUAAAGCUAAUAUUCAUCGCGUUGCGCAAUUAGAAAAAUCGCGAUUUUUUACAGAGACUUUCUGA